AAAGCUAUUGUUGCCUUUUAUGCCCAAAACUUUGAUCACUGAACAGUAAAAUUCUCUUUUUGCUUUCAGGUUUGAACCUUAUUAGCUUCCUUCAGUAGCAUUCUUCUUCUGCGAAGGCAACUGCAAUGUGCUCGCAUUUCCAGAACUACCGUUUGAAAUGCAGAGCACUUGCCAUUGUUUACCUCCUUCUGCCACUCAUCUGUUCCUUCUUCUCUAACGGCAAUUGUCAGGUCUUAGAAGCAUGUUCAGCUGCUAGAGAUUGCGGGUCGGGUCUCUACUGUGGCAAUUGCCCCGCUUUGGGUUUGAACCAGCCCAUUUGCAUCAGAGGCCAACCCACCCUUCCUACAUCCAUCGUGAAUGGGUUGCCCUUCAAUAAGUACUCGUGGAUAGUGACCCAUAAUUCGUUCAGCAUCGUUGAUGCACCUCCUUUGCCGGGUGUUCAGAGACUAACAUUUUACAAUCAAGAAGACACUGUGACUAACCAGUUGAGGAAUGGAGUGAGGGGACUCAUGUUGGAUAUGUACGACUUCCAGAAUGAUAUCUGGCUCUGUCAUUCAUUUCGAGGGCAAUGCUUCAACUUCACUGCCUUUCAACCUGCAAUAAAUACUUUGAAAGAAGUCGAAGCAUUCUUGACGGAAAAUCCAGCUGAGAUUGUCACAAUCAUAAUUGAAGACUAUGUGCACACUCCAAAGGGGUUGACUAAUGUGUUCACAAGUGCUGGACUGGAUAAGUAUUGGUUUCCUGUGUCUAAGAUACCGAAAAAGGGUGACGAUUGGCCCACUGUAACAGAGAUGGUUCAAGCAAAUCACCGACUCCUUGUUUUCACUUCUGAUGCUUCAAAGGAAGCUGAAGAAGGAAUAGCUUAUCAGUGGAAGCACAUGGUCGAAAAUGAGUCUGGAGAUCCCGGAGUUCAACAGGGUUCUUGCCCACAUAGAAAAGAAUCAAAGGCAUUAAAUUCGAGAGGUUCUUCACUUUUCUUGAUGAAUUAUUUUCCAACAUAUCCAGUUGAAGCUGACUCAUGCAAAGAGCAUUCGGCUCCACUUGCUGAGAUGGUGAAUACAUGUUACAAAGCUGCAGGGAAUGUGCUGCCCAACUUCAUAGCUGUUAAUUUUUACAUGAGGAGUGAUGGAGGUGGUGUUUUUGAUAUUGUGGAUAAAAUGAAUGGCCACACAUUGUGUGGGUGUAGUACAAUCACAGCCUGCCAGGCUGGUGCACAUUUUGGGUCAUGCAAGAAUAUUUCUGUACCUAGUGCAAGUCCAAUGACCAACACUGCUGGAGGUUUUACUGGAUCUGUUCAGUUCUCUAGUUCAGCUUCGCCUGUCCAUUCUUCAAAUUGCUUGCUUCUCUUUUUUUACUUCCUGCUUUUUGCAGUUUUGUUGCAACUGUGAUGACUAAGAAUUAUCAAAUCUUAUGCAAGCUAGUCUUUCAAGAGGAGCUUAGUAUCUUAGCAUGUAUUGCCUCAAGCUGUGAAAUGUCAUGGAACUGUUGCUGUUUUAGAAAAAUAGAUAAACAACUUUAUGUUUUCGCUGAUGCUAUAUAUACAGACCAAGAAUUUAUCUGGAGCUAUAAGCAGUUCAGCUUUUGUACCAAGAAAUCAUUUGUCAACGACAGAAUCAGGAUAGAACGGCUAGAAGCUCUUGAUCAUUGUUAAGGUUAUAAGUUAUGAUUGUAUCCUAACAAUUCACAUUUCGCGUCUUCUUCCUAUUACCCGGUCUUCCACUUUUGUAUUGGUGUUGAAACAACCAAGUUGUCUGAUACAUAGCAAAUUACUAUAAUAGGUAGGUACAACGGCAAUUUAGUUUACAGAGGAACUUGC